CUCUCGCUCUAGAAUCUUCUUUGAUGGGUGGCAACCCACUGCUAAAACCUAAGCCACACAAUGGAGAUCUCCAAGCUCCAAUAGCUCCAAAACCCUAAACCCCUCUCGUAAACCUCUCCUCUCUCUUUUUAUCUCUCUCCUCUCUCUAAUGGGCGGUGCAUCAAAGUUCCUAAUGCUUCUCUCUACCCACCCCGCCUCCUCUAACAUUAGGUUUCUCUCUCCUCUUUCCCCUUCUUCCCGCUCAUCUUAUCGCCAUGCCAGGGCCGCCCUUCUUUCUGCAAAUUCGAGGAAUUUACACUCUCUCUCCAAAAGAAAUGGACCCAUCAGGAUUGGUGGGUUCUCUAAUGGUCGGGUUUCUCAGAGGUUUUGUACACAGGUGGCUAGAGAAGAUUUCGCAGAGGCUACGCCUUUGUUUGUUCAGAAUUCUAGGGUUCCGUCUCAUCCAUGGCCUGAGUGGGUGAGGUUUGUGGAUCAUCUUAGAGAGAGAGGGUACUUCAAGAGAGAGAUUGACCAGAGAUUUGGGGAAGAGGAUGGCAUCAAAGAGCUGGAGGGGGUUUCAGAUGAGUUUGCUGUGGCGGUGAAUGCUUGUCUGGGGUUUGCUCACGAUCGUUCGGAUAUAAUCAGGUCACUUUCUAGGAGGGAUAUUGAAGUUGUAGUGGAGAAUGGGUCUCCUUUCUUGUUCAAAGAUGGUACAGGCUCAACAAGGAGGAUGAGAGACUUCCUGAUUACCAACCAUGCAAAUGUGUUGGAGCAUGACAAAGCAGGCACAAUUGAUCUGAUGCGUUUUUUAUUGAGCUAUGCAUCCAGUCCUCUUGUCUCCACAGAGGGAAAUGAGAUACAGAACAAGGAUCUUGUUGAAGCAUCUGUUCGCAAGCUUCUUCGUGAGUUGGUUGAAGUGACUGGAGCAUUCCAAAAGGUUGACUAUUCAGACUCCAUUGCCCCACUGGCUUCUGAUAAAUAUGGAAGGCCACCAAGGCCUUUGGGACAAAAUAUUGAAAUGAAGCGAGGUGAUUGGAUAUGUGCAAAGUGCAGUUUCAUGAACUUUGCAAGGAACACGAGGUGCCUUGAAUGUGAUGAGGCACGGCCAAAGCGACAGCUAACUGGAGGAGAGUGGGAGUGCCCUCAGUGUGACUUUUUCAAUUAUGGACGGAAUGCUGUUUGCUUAAGGUGUGACUGCAAAUGUCCAGCCGGUACUAUAGUGAAUGGAAGCAUGGACAACUCAUAUAAUACAACACCCCCCAUUACCAAUGGUUACUCUCCGAGCCCAAAUAGAGACCAAGUAUUCAACAGUGUACCUUCCUCUGAUGCUGAGAGAGAGCGAAGGCUUGCUGAGAAUGAUGCAAAGGCAGAAAGAUGGUUCAGUAAAGUCUCUCAACUCAAUGAUGCCUCUGACUUGAGCAGCACCAUAGCUGAUGAAGAUUUCCCUGAGAUUAUGCCUUUGAGGAAAGGGGUGAACAGAUUUGUGGUUAGCACGAGGAAGACACCAUUAGAGAGGAGGUUGGCUAAUGCCCAAUAUAGGAGGAACGUUGAUGAUAAUGGUGUGAAUUCUUUCAAUGUGGCUUAUUCUGAUAGACCUACUGAGUCAUCAAUUAGUGAGAGUUUGGACAAAAUACUUGGAUCUGCCUCAAAUGUUUCAGAAACCUGUGAGAGUGAAAAAGGAAAUUCGAAUUCUCUCUCUUCUGAAACCAGUAAGAGUGAGAAAGAUGAUAAUGAUCCCAGUGUAGACUGGUUUUCUAACGUUGCGAAGUUGGGCAAUGAGAAAGAAGAAACACCUGAUGAUGAGUUCCCCAAAAUCAUGCCCAUGCGUAAAGGGGAGAGUAAGUUUGUGGUUAGUACGAGAAAGCCUCCAUCUGAAAGGAGGCUGACAUCACCUGAGUACAGGCGCAAUUUAGCUUAUCAAGGGAAUGAUGCUGGUUAUGUUCCAUUCACUCCAUUAGACCCCAGCUUGUUUGGUAAGAAAUCUAAGGCCAUGACAGAAGAUAAAGGUAGUGGUAGUGUAGCAGAGACCCCCAAAUCUAGCGAAGUUCUUGGCGAUUCAUCUGAGAGUGUUGGUUCUAGCAGUGGCUUGGUCUCUGAGAAACAAGUUGUGAAACAGGUUGAGAAUACUGAUUCUGAACCAUCUGAUCUAUCAGAGAGAUGGUUCAAGAAAUUAUCAGAGCUCCAUGAUGUUAAUGACUUAGCUUCUGCGAUAUCUGAUGAAGAUUUCCCUGAGAUAAUGCCUAUGAGAAAGGGAGAGAAUAGAUUUGUGGUAAGUAAGAAGAAGGACCGGUCCUUGACCUCGCCUCAAUACAAGAGGCGCCUUGCCAUGGAGCAAGCAAACAGUUCCUCCAACUUUGUCCCUUUUGUUCCUUUUCCACCUGAUUACUUUGCAAAGAAGGAUAAGCCAUCUGGUUCAACAGAGACCUCUUCCUCUGCUACUUCUGGUGUUUCGACGACUCAAGAGACAAACAAAAGCGACUCUUCUGUUGGGGGAGCCCAACAAUCUGAAAAUUUCGAGAUUACGAGAGAGAUUCAAUGCAUGAAUUCCACUGGAAAACCUCUUGAGGGUCCAGCCAUGGAAAAUUAUGGGUACCAGAACUCUGAUAAUAAUAUUCCAAACAACAAAGAGAGAGAAUUUGGGAACAUUGGUUUUUCGGAGAGGCAUUUGCAGAAGUCGGCUAUGCAGGAUCAUGGUUACCAACAACCACCCGAAAAUUUACAGAGUAGGAGAGACAGUGGGUUUAUUGGGAGCUCAUUGGAGGGUUCGGCCAUAAAGGACUAUGGAUAUGGGCAACGGGAAAAUUUUGAGACUAGGAGAGAGAGUGGGUACACUGGGUUUACUGGGAAACCUUUGGAUGGAUCAGGAACUAAUCAUUAUGGGUACUCACAACCCCAAAAUUUGGGGAGUAAGAGAGAGAGCGAGUACAAUGGGUUCACUGGGAGGUCCUUGGAGGGUUCGGCCCCAAAGGAUUAUGGAUACCAACAACCCAAAAAUCAGCAGAGUGGAAGAGAGAUUGGGUAUCAGCAGCCCGAUAAUUUUCAGAGUAGGAGAGAAAAUGGUUACAAUGGGUUUACUGGUAAGGCCUUGGAGGGUUCAGCCUAUGGAAACCAGCAAUCUGAUAAUUCACAGAGUAAGAGAGAGAGUGGGUACAAAGGAUCAGGAACUAAUCAUUAUGGGUACUCACAACCCCAAAAUUUGGGAAGUAAGAGAGAGAGCGAGUACAAUGGGUUCACUGGGAGGUCCUUGGAGGGUUCAGCCCCAAAGGAUUAUGGAUACCAACAACCCAAAAAUCAGCAGAGUGGAAGAGAGAUUGGGUAUCAGCAGCCCGAUAAUUUUCAGAGUAGGAGAGAAAAUGGGUACAAUGGGUUUACGGGUAAGACCUUGGAUGGUUCAGCCUAUGGAAACCAGCAAUCUGAUAAUUCAGAGAGUAAGAGAGAGAGUGGGUACAAAGGAUUUACUGGGAAGUCUUUAGAGGGUUCAGCAGUGAAAGAACCAGAUCCACUUGACAUGUCUGAAGAAGCUAAAGCAGAAAGAUGGUUCAGGAGGGUGGCUCAAAUUAAGGAUAUAUCAGAACUAAGUCAGAUCCCUGAUGAGGAUUUCCCUGAGAUAAUGCCAAUGAGGAAAGGGGUUAACAGAUUUGUAGUAAGCAAGAGGAAGACUCCGUUGGAGAGAAGGCUCACCUCCCCACAAUACAGAAGGAACCUGCCUGUUAUAAGUUCAGAUCCUGAGAAAGACAAAACAAACUGAAAUAAGAACCCCAGGUAUGCUAUUUAUGUUUGGAAAACAAUUCUUUUUCGAGCUUCCUCGAGUACUUGAAUUUUUUGUCUGUUGAGUCGGUAGGAAGCAAGCUUAACUUAUCCCUAGAAGGAAAGAAAAAAGAUAGCUUUUGUUGCAGAAUAUUUCAGAUUGGCAGGAGCAGGAGUUAAAUCCUUGAGCUUUAUCAUAUGGAGAUUUGUCUGGAAUAAGUCAUCUACUGAAAAUAGCUGCUGCUAAAUGGCGUCUUCUGUUAAUGUAUUAGUGAGUUUAAAUUGGUGGUGUGCCUUGGGAUUGUAGAUUGUUAUUUUAUCUACUAUGAGAUGGGAUUUUGAUUGUGAACAGAUCUGUUCUAUUUUGUUUUUCUAAUUCAUCACAUAAUUAUAGUGUCCUUUCA